UAUGGUAAGCGUCACCAUUUCACAUCGGUUAUCUUCUUCCCCUAUCAUAAACCCUAAUUUUGGGGGUCUCUGCACAGUUUUGCAGAUCCUUAGAUCCGAUCUUCUCUAUCAAUUUAGCCGGAGCUUCUGCUUCUCGGCGAAUUCGUAACCCAUGACAUCAAAAUUCAUGAAUUUCAGUGGUCAAAUUUUCAACAAAUUCGCACGUGCGACUACCUUGCCUGCUCAUCACACCAAUUUGGUCCAAAGGGUUUCGAUUUUGAAAGACGAGCUUUUAGCGAUAGGUAACAGUAAGGAAAAUUUCGAGAGCGUUUUGAAUCAGAAAGGGCAGUGGCUGUUUAGAAGUUAUAGUGAUGGUGCUGGGAUUGUCGAGCUUAUGGAUCAACUCUUUCCUCAUCCUUACUUGGCUCUUCAGGUUUUAGAGUGGAGAAGAAGACAAUCAGAUUGUUGUAUCCCUUUGUCAUCGGAAGAGUAUGCAAAAGGAAUCAAAAUCGCGGGUCGAGCUAGGGACUUAAACUUUGCAGUCUAUCUUUUCAAUGAUGCGGCGAAGAAACGAAGUCAAACAACUUCAGUUUACAAUGCUUUGAUGGCUGCUUACAUGUACAACGGGCUUGCCGAGGAGUGUCAGUCACUUUUCAUAGAUUUCAGGAGGCAAACGCAUUGUGCUCCGACCAUUGUGACUUAUAAUAUUCUGAUCUCGGUCUAUGGUCGGCUUCUGAUGGUAAAGAAUAUGGAAGCUGCUUUCGAAGAGUUACAAAAACAAAAUCUUUUUCCAAAUUCCGGCACUUACAACUCUCUGAUCGCUGGUUAUGUGACUGCCUGGAAUUGGGAUAAAAUGGAAGCUACUUUUCGAGAAAUGAAGACGGGUCCUGUUGAGCCUGACACCGAAACGUAUCUGCUAAUGCUUCGGGGGUAUGCAAAUUCAGGGAGUUUGAAUAAGAUGGAAGAAAUGUAUGAAUCGAUUAAAGAUCAGGUUGGUGUAAACAGAGGUCCUUUGGUCAGAGCCAUGAUCUGUGCAUAUUGUAAGAAAGCUUUUGAGGGUAGAGUUGAAAAGAUUGAGAAUUUAUUGAGUCUUCUCUCUGGGGAGGAAUAUUUUCCUUGGUUGAAUGUGCUUUUGAUUCGACUAUAUGCUCAAGAAGACAUUCUGGAAGCAAUGGAGAGUAAAAUCGACGAGGCAUUUGAGCAUAACACAUGUGUUAAUAAAUCGAGCAUUAUGCGGGCAAUCUCUGCAGCUUACUUCAGGUGUAAUGAAGUUGACAGUCUUGUUAAUUUCGUCAAGCGUGCCGAGUCUGCUGGCUGGAAACUAUGUAGAUCUCUCUACCAUUGUAAGAUAAUGAUGUAUGGCUCCCAAAAACGCUUUGAAGAAAUGGAAGGUGUUGUAAAUGAGAUGGGAGAGACAAAUUAUGGGCUUGUAACUAAAACAUUCGCAAUUAUGUGUAAGGCUUACAAAAGUCACGGAAUGGAGUUAAAUGCCGAGAAAGUGAUGGGAAAGAUGCUGAAACAUGGGUAUGAAAUUACUCCAAAAGCACAUCGAACUCAAUCGGCUUCAGAUGCACCUCAACUUGCGUAAAGAAUUCCAUUGUUCUGAUUUGUUCAGUGUCUUUUUCUAGCGUGACCACUGGCUACAUAGAGGAUCAAAAGAGGUUAGUGCAUAGCGUUUGGUUUCUUUUACUUGGUAUAUCAGGCUGUUGAACUGUGCCCCAUGAGCUUUGAGAACAAGAUGUUGACAAGGCUUCCAUUAUCCGUCACUGGAGUUUUUGGGAUGAGACUAGAGCACCUUUAUUUCCCUAUCAUGAGUGGCUCCGGUCAUCACUAUCUUGCCAUAGUUGUACAUGUUACAGACAAGAGUUUUGAAGUUUCCGUGGCAGAUUUUGAUCCUGUUGGUGGAUGAGAAACAUCAGUAAAACAAAAUGUCUGUGAGCUAUGAAGAACAGGGUCUGCAUUGUCUGGACUUUUUUGCCUGUGGUAACAGCUGAUAGAUCGGAAGAACUAUGCUUAUCUUCUUUCUUGAGACAUGAAGGCUCUGCCAAGUGAAGUUAUUACCUUGAGAAACCUGACCGAUGUUGCAGCGUGUUUCUCUUUCUGCUAGCUCUCUGUGUCCAAUUUCUGAUAGCUGCAAGUUAACAAUUUCUGUUGUUAGGCUAUCAAUACUCUCACACAUUUGCUCUGUUGUUUUGGUUGAGCUCGGUUCGUAAUUUAGAGGAAAAUAGAUAGCUCAGCUACACCGAUGUUUCAGUAUAGUGGGGACCUCAUAUGCUAAUUUACAACAUAUUCAGAAGUUCUUCUAACGAAUAAGCCACGGAGCUUUUUGUCUGUGUUAAACC